AUUGGUUCACAGUACAACCUGGUAGGGACUGGGAUUCCUAGUUCAGAGAGAAAGUGAAAGUGAAAAUAGUCGGGAGCUUUCCUAGAAGCUGACUGCUGCCUGCCUUCCCAGAACAAGGGCCGGCUGGCGAACGGAGUGUUACUUCCCAGAGGAAGUCACAGUUAGGUACCAGGCUUGCCUGCUUCCACAUUCAUCAUGACCAUGAGACACUGUGGCUGUGCAGCAGACCCCAGUCCUUGGUGGGUCCUGCUUCUAUAUGUCCAUGUUGUCAUUCUGGCCAGAGCCACAUCUGCACCUCUGACAACUGCCACUGUCUUAACCAGAAGCUCAAAGGACCCGUGCUCUUCCUGGUCUCCAGCAGUCCCAACUAAGCGGUACCCAACAUUGGAUGUGAUCUGGCCAGAGAAAGAAGUGCCACUGAAUGGAACGCUGACCUUGUCCUGCACUGCCUGCAGCCGCUUCCCCUACUUCAGCAUCCUCUACUGGCUGGGCAAUGGUUCCUUCAUUGAGCACCUCCCAGGCCGGCUGAGGGAGGGCCACACAAGCCGGGAGCAGAGGAACGAAAGCACCUGGCUACACAGGGCCUUGGUGCUGGAGGAACUGAGCCCCUCCCUACUAAGUACCAACUUCUCCUGUCUGUUUGUGGAUCCCGGACAGGUGGCCCAGUAUCACGUCAUUCUGGCCCAGCUCUGGGUAAGGAACCUGAAAGAAGGCAUCCAGGGAUGGGAGGAACUCCACUACCUGGGGAAGAAAGGAUUGGCUUUUCCAAUGCAACCUGUAAGCGGUGACUGUUAGCAAGGAACUUGGGACUACGGUGACAGGAGGGGCAAGAGCUCUUCUUAGCUCUGACUGUGUGUGCAUUUACUUUUCUAGGAUGGGUUGAAGACAGUCCCAUCCCCUUCUGAAGAAACCCUCUCCAGCCACAGCCCAGGACCCAGAUCAGCAGGCCCAGGGGCCCCAUGAAGCCAACCACAGCAUGACCUUGACCGGAGCCUGGCUCUCAUCUACCUGGAGGGUGAAGGAAGUCUACACCACAGGAUGUGAUUGCCUCUUUGCAGCGGCUGAACCUCAAACUCAAGCUUCAUUUCUACCUAGAUUACAAUAGUUAUUAAGUCCUUGGA